AUGCCGCCCUCGUCGCCCCAUAUCUCUAGUCAAUUACGACAGCUAGUUUACUACCACCUCGAUAAUAACCUUAUUCGAAAUGCCAUCUUCGUUGCAGGCCGACUUCAUGCCUUCGAACCAAGAUCCUCGGAAGCUGCUUACCUACUGUCUCUAUGCCACCUUUUAGGCGGGCAAUCUAAAGCGGCGUGGGAGAUUAGCAGAAAUUCUGGCUCCCGAGGCACACAUCUCGGUUGCUCUUAUGUAUAUGCACAAGCCUGCCUCGACCUUGGGAGAUAUAUGGAAGGAAUUACGGCCUUAGAGCGAAGUAGACCGCACUGGAUUUUAAGGAAUAAUUGGAAUAAGCACAGUGAAAGUCGUCGCCAAAACUUGCCUGAUGCCGCGGCUGUCCUAUCUCUUCAAGGUCGACUCUGGAAAGCUCAUAAGGAUGUCCACAAAGCCGUGGAUUGUUACGUUGAAGCGUUAAAACUAAAUCCUUUUCUUUGGGAUGCAUUUCUCGGCCUCUGCGAAACGGGCGCGAACGUUCGAGUCCCUAAUAUUUACAAGAUGUCUCCAGAAAUGUUGGCCAUUCUUACAACGUCUCCCUCCGCUGAUAACCUUUCGUCUUUUGAAAAGGGAACAAUGGCAAGUGGCCCUUUACAAGUACAACCGAAUUCCAAUAUCAAUGCGGAUCCUUUUUUUGCCUUGAGUUCUAGAGAAGGAGCUGGCGGGGGGUCUAGUAGCUCAGCGCUUUGGGAAAAACUCAAUGGCAAUUCCAUGAACGUAAUCUCUGUGGGAUCGACACUUAUUGAAGGCCUAGAGACACCUGUUCCUCAAAGUGACUCUGAUGACGUUAGGACGAAUGAGAGUAGGCGAGUUGGGUCAGAGCCGUUUGGAGAACCGCCACUUGCACCCGCCCGUAAGCCACGGUCAAUGCAAGUGUUGGGACUAGAAUACGACCUCGACCCUCCCCCCAAAAUGAAGUCAACAGUUACAAGGGCGAAAACUCGUUCCCGAGUCGAGGCGGAGGAAGGGGUUUCGAGAGAUGCUCCAGCCCCUCUUAUCAUGGACCGCAAGCGAACAGUAUCUGGUCACAUAGCUCCUAGCUCAUCUUCACAAUCCACCGAGCCUGGGUGCCCACAAAGGAGAAGUGUGCGACUAUUCAAUCAAAUCCGUCCUGCUGCUGCCAAGAUUUCUGUCUCAGCAAGCGCUCUAAGUUCUAAAGAUAGUCGAGAUAUAAAGAAGAUCAAGUCCACUGGUAUCAGAACGCGAAGUGCUUCUGGCACGAGUACGACGAGAACAGUCAGUGGCAGUCGAAAAGCCGUUACAGAACCGAUGGAGAUUGACAAGAAAGAGGCUCAUAAUGGUAAUUCGGUGAAGAACACGGCUCCAGAUAGAUCAAAAGAGGUAGAGGCUCUUGGCUGGACCCUGGAUCUUUUUUCGAAACUUGCUGGGGGAUACAGUGCACUGUCCAGCUAUCGCUGUCAAGAAUCCAUUCAAAUUUUCAAUUCAUUGCCCCAAACUCAAAGAGAAACCCCAUGGACCCUAACACAGAUUGGUCGUGCUUAUUAUGAGCAAGCUCAGUACGCUGAAGCUGAGAAAUACUUUCUCAGAGUCAGAACAAUUGCGCCACACUCCUUAGAAAGCAUGGAGGUCUACUCUACGGUGCUCUGGCACCUGAAAAAUGCGGUUGAACUGGCAUAUUUAGCCCAUGAAUUAAUGGAGAUUGAUCGGCUUUCUCCGCAGGCAUGGUGCGCUAUAGGCAACUCCUUUUCUCUGGAAGGAGAUCAUGACCAGGCUCUGAAAUGUUUCCGUCGCGCAACCCAGGUAGAUCCUAGGUUCUCUUAUGCAUUUACUCUGCAAGGGCACGAAUUCUUGUCAAAUGAAGAGCAUGAUAAAGCAAUGGAUGCAUAUCGUCAUGCGAUCGGUGCUAGUAGCCGGCAUUAUAAUGCUUGGUACGGAAUGGGAAAGGUAUAUGAGAAAAUGGGCAAGUUUCAAUAUGCCGAACAGCACUAUCAGAUGGCCUCGAAAAUUAACCCGACUAAUGUUGUCUUAAUAUGCUGUAUUGGUUUAAUUCUGGAGCGGAUUGGAGACCAAAAAGGGGCUUUAUUGCAAUAUUCCCGCGCCUGCUCACUUUCGCCGCAAUCCGUCGUUCCACGGUUACGCAAGGCUCGAGCCCUUUUGAAACUACAUGACCUUAAAGCCGCCCAUGGCGAACUUCGAGUACUGAAAGACCUUGCGCCAGAUGAACCCAACGUGCACUAUCUUCUAGGGAAAUUUUACAAAAUGAUGCAUGAUAAGGGCAAUGCGAUUAAGCAUUUUACAACAGCACUCAACCUAGAUCCAAAGGCUGCCCAUUUCGUCAAAGAUGCGAUGGAGUCUUUGGAAAACCCUGACGACUUCGAUGAAGACAUGAGCUAG